CGGUAAUGAGUCGCGAGAGGUUUAAGCAGGCAGCCUGAAGCACGCACUACAUUCUACAAGCUCAAUCAAAGAAUACAUAAUUUACGAUAAAAAAUGCUUCAUACGACAUGCAACUGCGCCGAAAUUGAGUUCUUCUGACUAAUGCCCAUCGAUGUUGGACAGCUUACAGGGUAGCCAGCAGCUCUUGUAGCCUUCGGUCACUGGCUUGGACAAAAUUCGUCCCCCAACAGCUGAGGUUGAAGAGCUCAAUUGCAAAUUACAACAAAAGCAGCUUUAUCUUCACCCUCGAUUCUUCUUUAGGGUUUUAGAAAUUUACAUUCCCAGGACGUGGACCAGAAGCCAAGGUUGUACCUCGUGCACCUACGGCGAAUUCCGCUUGUGCAAAUCCCGUGCCCAAGACAAACUUCCAUCACCCAUAGUAACUUACGUCCCACGUCGCGAUACCUCAUGACCAGGUAGUCAAAGCUGCCCGAGCUCGAACCCACGCGUCGACCGCCUCAAUGGCGCCUACACGACCGACCGCGGCCACGGGCCUGCGCACACUUCUACGCGCUGCACCCCGGACAAUACGACCGCCCUUCCUCGCUCGAACCGCAUCGCCACAACUGCCUGCCCAACGAUGGCAUUCCUCUGUCAACCCAGACGAAGUCUCCCACUUCAACGCGCUCGCCUCCGAGUGGUGGGACCCUCACGGCUCCUCGCGUCUUCUCCAUCUCAUGAACCCUCUUCGGCACGACUUCAUCAAUGCCUGCCUCGCGUCGCAACCCGAGGCCCGCCCGCCCUCACUGACAUAUCUCGACAUUGGCUGCGGCGGUGGUAUCUUCGCAGAGAGCGCGGCCCGCUUGCCUUCCACGUCGAGCGUCACCGCCAUUGAUCCCACCCCGUCUGUGCUGGCCAUAGCAAAAGCGCACGCCAAGAAAGAUCCCAUGCUUGCAUCCAAGCUGUCCUACCAACAAAAGUCCAUCGAGGAGCUGCCCAUCCCUGAAAAGGGCUACGACGUUGUUUCAGUGUUCGAGGUCAUUGAGCACAUUGACCAACCAGCUGCGUUCCUCGACAAAGUCAAGCCUUUUGUCCGGCCUGGCGGCUGGCUGGUCAUGAGCACAAUCGCCAGGACGUGGAUGAGCUGGCUCACGACGAAUUUGGUGGCAGAGGACCUUCUCCGGAUCGUGCCACCGGGCACGCACGACUGGAACAAGUACAUCAACGAGCACGAACUGAGGCGGUACUUUGCAGGCAAGGGAUGGCAUAGUCCAAGGGUCAUGGGAGUGGUGUAUAUCCCAGGCGUAGGGUGGCGCGAGGUCAAGGGGAGCGAGAAGGUGGGCAACUACUUCUUUGCUGUGAGGAGAGAUGCGGAAGAGUCAUGACAUGCACAGUCUUGUACAAAUGCGUUGGGGAUGGAUGUUGCACCUAUGUAUAUGGUU